CAGAAGCCUUUGAAAAUGUCGGUUGCAGGUUAAAAGUGAGAAGGAAUUUGUCUCCAGGAAGCUCAAACACGGCACACCAGUUUUGUUGUCUCUGUCUAGAUAUUUAAGAAGUGGAGCAAGGGAUCCAAUUGACCACCCUUCCUGCUCAGACUGUGGGGAGGGAUUCACUCGGUCAUUUGACCAACUGACACACCUGGAAUUUACACAGGAGAAAGGCCUUUCACCUGCUCAGACAGUGGGAAUGGAUUCCCUCUGUCAUCACAAUUGAAGGUACAUCAGCAAAUUCACACUGGACAAGGCCAUUCACCUGUUCUGUGUGUGAGAAGGGGUUCAGUUGGUCAUCCUACCUGUGGACACACCAGUCAGUUCACACUGGGCAGAGGCUGGUCAUCUGCUGAAUUUCUGGGAAAGGAUUCACUCAGUCAUCUGACCUAAUGGCUCACCAGCGGGUUCACACUGGGGAGAAGCCAUUCACCUGCUCAGAGUGUGGGAAAGGAUUUACACAGUCAUCUACCCUACUGGUACAUCAGCGAGUUCACACUGGGGAGAAGCCAUUCUCCUGCUCAGAAUGUGGGAAGGGAUUCACUCAGUUAUAUCACCUACAGAGUCACCAGCAAGUUCACACCAGGGAGAAAGCGUUCACCUGCUCAGAAUGUGGGAAGAGAUUCACUCACUCAUCCACCCUACAGAGACACCAGCAAGUUCACACUGGGGUGAAGCCAUUCACCUGCUCAGUCUGUGGGAAAGGAUUCACUCAGUCAUCUACCUUACUGGUACAUCAGCAAGUUCACACUGGGGAGAAGCCUUUCACCUGCUCAGUCUGUGGGAAGAGAUUCACUAAUUUAUCCAGCCUACAGAGACAUCAGCGAGUUCACACUGGGGAGAAGCCAUUCACCUGCUCAGUCUGUGGGAAGAGAUUCACUAAUUUAUCCAGCCUACAGAAACAUCAGCGAGUUCACACUGGGGAGAGGCCGUUUACCUGCUCAGAAUGUGGGAAGAAAUACGCUGACUCUUCCACCCUACAGAGUCAUCAGCGAGUUCACACUGGGGAGAGGCCAUUCACCUGCUCAGUCUGUGGGAAAGGAUUCACUUGGUCAUCUGAUUUACGGAGUCAUCAGCGAGUUCACACUGGGGAGAAGCCGUUCACUUGCUCAGUCUGUGGGAAGAGAUUCACUCAUUCAUCUCACCUACAGAGUCAUCAGCGACUUCACACUGGGGAGAGGCCGUUCAUCUGCUCAGUCUGUGGGAAGGGAUUCACUCGGUUAGCUAACCUACAGAGACACCAGCGAGUUUACACUGGGGAGAAGCCGUUCACUUGCUCAGUCUGUGGGAAGAGAUUCACUCAUAAAUCCCACCUACAGAAUCACCUGCGAGUUCACACUGGGGAGAGGCCUUUCACCUGCUCAGAAUGUGGGAAGGGAUUCACUCAGUUAUCUCACCUACAGAGUCACCAGCAAGUUCACACCGGGGAGAAAGCGUUCACCUGUUCAGAAUGUGGGAAGAGAUUCACUCGCUCAUCCACCCUACAGAGAUACCAGCGAGUUCACACUGGAGAGAAGCCAUUCACCUGCUCAGUCUGUGGGAAAGGAUUCACUGAAUCAUCUACCCUACUGGUACAUCAGCGAGUUCACACUGGGGAGAAGCCGUUCACCUGCUCAGUCUGUGGGAAGGGAUUCACUCAGUCAUCUACCCUACAGAGACACCAGCUAGUUCACACUAGGGAGAGGCCAUUCACCUGCUGAGAAUGUGGGAAAGGAUUCACUCAGUCAUCCCACCUACUGGCACACCUGUCAGUUCACAAUGGCGAGUGGCAAUUGUUAUGAAUUCCUAGGUUUUUUUGCUGUGGAAUGUCAUUUUAAGAGAGAGAGAGAUUAAGAAGGCAAAUGUGUCUGACUUGCAGCUUGUUUACAUCGCUCGCAGCUUGUUUAGUUUUAACCGAGGACACAGACACUCAGAGUCAGACGGAGACGAAGGAAGGAAAAUGGAAGAAUCGAAACCAGGGAACUAGUGGCCAAGGGUGACUGUUUGGAACUUUCCUUUGACCACAAGGGUGGGCUAAUUAUUGAUUCACCGUACAUCAAAAUUGUGGUUGUCACCUCAUUUGAUCCAUAGAAGUGGAUCUGAUUUGGGGUAUCCUGUGGAGACCACUUAAGUGUUAACCAUUGCCUGGCUGUGGUGUGGUAAUUCACUAAGACAAUACCAAUUAUGACAAGUCACUUCGGGUGAUAAUUAGUAUGUGGAUUUGGAAGGAUGACAGAUAAAAUCUACAGUGACUGUUGGUCUCGUUUUACCACCAUGGAACCUGUGGAAUACGACAUAAUUGCCUUCUCUCAACAUUUAUCCUGGAUUACAAAUAUCUCUCUCAUCACCUAUUCUGUGGUUGAACUGAACUUUCAUACUUUCCCAUCUCAAGACUCCAUGCCUUGUUUCGCCCGAGCUCAAUAGUUUGGGAGUUGUAUUUAUACACAUUUAUACACAUAACACUCAAGAGGAAAUCUGCAGAUGCUGGAAAUUCAAACAACACACACAACAUGCUGGUGGAACACAGCAGGCCAGGCAGUAUCAAUGAGGAGAAGAACUGUCAACGUUUCAGGCUGAGACCCUUCGUCAGGACUAACUGAAAAUAAAAAUACUAAGAGAUUUGAAAGUAGUGGGGGGAGGGUGAAAUGCGAAAUGAUAGGAGAAGACUGGAGGUGGUGGGAUGAAGCUAUUAUCUGGAAAGGUGAUCGGCGAAAGAGAUACAGAGCUGGAGAUGGGAAAGGAUCAUUGGACAGGAGGCUUCAGGAGAAAGAAAGGUGGGGGGGGGGGGAAGCACCAGAGAGACAUGGAAAACAGGCAAACAAUUAAAUAUGUCAGUGAUGGGGUAAGAAGAGGAAGAGGGGCAUUAACGGAAGCUAGAGAAGUCAAUGUUCAUCCCAUCAGUUUGGAGGCUACCCAGCCAGUAUAUAAGGUGUUAUCACUCCAAACUUAGUUUGGAUUAAUUUUGACAGUAGAGGAGGCCAUGGAUAGACAUAUCAGAAUGGGAAUGGGAUAUGGAAUUAAAAUGUGUGGCCACUGGGAGUAGUCUGUUGCUGCUGGUUCGUUUCUAAAGCGUUAUGAUUUGUAACAAAAUGGGGCCUGCGUCUGGGAUAUGAACAAAUUUAAGGAUUGAUUUAAUAUCGAUUUCAUUCGGGAAAUCCCUUUUGAUUUACUUGUGUGUGGAAAAUCAGCAGCAAUGGAUGUUGAUAGAUAUCUGGAAGUGUGAACCUCUCAGGCAUUAGAGGACAGCAGAAGGAUUGAGUUGUUGCAUAUUGCUAAAACGUUAAUACUUGCUAAGGUGAAAUUGACAAUGAGGAGGGCACAGAUGCAGAGGGUAACAGCUGAACAUUAUGUAUCUGAGGUGUGUUUAAAGUGGAGGAGUUGGAGUUUCCUGAAAGUAAACAUAGUGAGCUUGAGCUCCAGGACAAGUUAGAAAAAUAGAAGAUGGAGACUCCGGAAAGGCAAAGGCUGUUUCAGGCUGGAGAGGCAGAAAAGCAGAAAGAAGAUUCUCUUACAAAGUCUAAUUAAGGGAAAGGCCUAGCAAGCCUAUUCUGCUUUGACAGUUGCUGAAGCAGCUUAUUAUUUACUUAUUUAUGCUGACCCAAUCAUCGCCACUGGGCUAUAAAUGUGCCGGAGCCGUGUGUGGUUCAGUGCUUUGCUCAAGGACACACACGCUGCCUCGGCUGAGGCUCGAACUCAUGACUUUCAGAUCUCUAGUUCACCACCUUAACCACAUGGUCACGCACCACACAUUAUGACAUAGUGAAACAGGCUGUGCUCAAAGCUUAUGAGUUGGUCCCAGAAGCAGACAGGCAAAAGUUUAGAAAUUUGAAUAAAUCUGUGAACCAGACAUACGGAAUUUGCUUAUGAGAAAUUUGUGUGUUUUGACCGUUGGUGCACAUCUGAACAUGUGAAUGAUGAUUUUAACAGCUUGAAAGAGUUGGUUUUAAUUGAAGAAUUCAGAAGGUGCGUCCCUGAUGACAUAAAAACGUAUUUUGAUGGAAAUGAUGCUGCCACUAUGAAGGAAUCUGCUGGAUUAGCAGAUCAGUUUGCUUUAACUCAUAAAGUUAUGUUUACCCUGAAUAACAGCUUCCAAAAGGCACUUGUCAAGUUGUGGGUAAACCUAAUGAGCUCGCCCCAGUGGCCUAUACCUGCAUUCGGUGAACCCUUUUCCAAAGUUAUAGUGGAUUGUGUUGGCCCAUUACCAAAGACUAAAGCUAGCCAUCAGUAUCUGCUAUCUAUUAUGUAUACUGCAUCCAGAUUCCCAGAGGCAAUACCUCUCAGAAAUAUUAAAGCUAAAACUGUGGCGAAGGCUCUUACCAAGAUUUUCACAUUAUUCAAUUUGCCUAAAGAUAUCCAGUCUGAUCAAGGAUGUAAUUUUACAUCUGGAUUAUUCCAGCAGGUAGUUUCUGAACUGGGAGCAAACCAAAUUGCGUCAUCUGCGUACCAUACAGAAUCACAAGGGGCUUUAGGUAGAUUUCAUUCUACCCUCAAAUCAAUGAUUAAGACAUAUUGUGUUGAAAAUGGAAAAGACUGGGAUGAAGGAAUACAUUUGCUUUUGUCCACAGAAAUAGAGUCAGUACAGGAAUCGCUGGGCUUUACUCCUUUUGAACUUGUAUUUGGUCGCAGUGUGCCCUUUGACCUUGUUAAAGGAACAGUGGAUUGAUGGGGAUGUACAUGUUAACUCGUUAGACUAUGUUUUGAAGUUCAAAAAUAAACUACACCAAACCUGUAGUCUAGCGAGACAAAACUUAAAGAUUUCUCAAAACAAAAUGAAAUGUUAGUUUGAUAAGCAGGGUUGCGAAAGAAAAUAUCGGGUGGGGGAUAAGGUGCUUGCCUUAUGUUGAUGAGUCCAUUUCAGGUGAAAUUCAAUAGACCGUAUGAAAUAGUCUCUCAAUUUAAUGAUGUGAAUUAUGUUAUUACAACACAAGACCGAAGUAAACUAACACAGCUGGUACACAUAAAUAUUGAUAAAGCCUUAUUUUGAGAAUGAAACAAUUGACUCGUCUGAGACUUUUCACAAGCCAAACAUGGUCCCAGUUAGACUAAUGAACUCGGUUUUUCCAGAAAACAUUGAUAACGAGUUGGCUCAUCUGCAGCCAAAGCAACAACAGCUGAAGGAAUUAAUUCUGAAGUUUAAAGAUUUAUUUCCCGAUGUUCCCAAUCAAACCACGGUCGCAGUACAUGAUGUAGAUGUUGGUCAAGGCAAACUGAUUAAACAACACCAAUAUUGCAUGAACGUAGAAAAGUGUGAUUUGGCUGACCAGGGAAUUGAGUAUGUGCUGGAGAAUGGUAUUAUCAGGCCUUCAAAAUGAGAUUGGAGUCAUCCUGCAUUAUUGUGCACAAACCUGAUGGUAGUGUUAGAUUUUGCACUGAUUAUAGAAAGGUAAAUGCAGUAACAAAAACAGAUGCCUAUCCUAUCCCUAGAGUGGAUUAUUGCAUCGAUAAGGCUGGAAAAGCUAAUUUCUUACAAAGAUUGAUCUGUUGACAGGGUAUUGGUGUGUUCCAUUGACGGACAGACAUAGAGAAAUUUCUGCAUUUGUGACACCAUCUGGGUUGUAUGAAUACAAUGUUUUGCGUUUUGGAAGGAAACAUGCUCCAGGAACAUCCCAGAGAAUGAUGGAUUUUGUAAUUUGAGGGUUAGAACACACAGAUACCUAUAUUGAUGACUUAGUUACAGGGAGUGGCACUUGGGAAGAGCAUAUCUCUGCAGUAGAAAAGCUGUUUGACAGGCUUUCCUAGGACAACCUUACAGUUAACUUGGCUAAGAGUGAAUUUGGCCAUGCCAGUGUGACCUGUCUUGGCUAUGUUGUAGGUCAAAGCAAGUAGGCUCCUGUUCGGGCAAAAGUCCAGACAAUUUUGCAAGUUCCUAUUCUGACUGCUAAGAAGGUUCUCAGAAGGUUUCUGGGAAUGGAUGGAUAUUAUCGUAAGAACUCUGCUGCUAUCGCUCUUCCUCUGACCAAUCUCCUGAAGAAGGGUGAAAAGUUUGUUUGGACCGAGCCUUGUCAGAAGGCAUUUGAUUGAUUGUUAUCAGUAUUUCAGAUUAGGCCAAUCAAUGUAGUGCUGACAGCAAAUUUAAAUAGCAGAUUGGAGCUGUGGGUGGCAACACAAGUCAUGGGUGCACAGAGAGUAAAGGAGGGGGUCAAAGAGACAACCCUGUGGGGUAUGUGUGCUGAGGGUCAGAGAGACAGAGGAGAUGGAGCCCACUCUUACCACCUGCCGGCGAUCUGACAGGAAGUCCAGGAUCCAGCUACACAAGGCAGGGUGAAGGCCGAGGUCUCUGAGCUCCAUGUCGAUACUUCACGCCUUUGUAUGGCUACUGCUCUGCCCAUGACUGCAAGGAACUGCAGAGAACUUUGGAGAGCAGAGAACAUCAGAGAAACAAGCCUCCCCUCCAUGGAUUCUUCCUACACUUGCCCUCCCUCGGAAAAGCAGGCCAUGUACUCAAAGUACCUCACAACCUGGACAUUCUUGCUGCAAACCCGCUCCCCCAUCGGGGAAGAGAUACAAAAGCCUUAAAGUGCGUAACUCCAGGCUGAAGGAUGGCUUCCUGUCUGUGGUUAUAAGCCAAAUGAAUAAUAAAAUAGACUCGUCCUCACAAUGUAACUCGAUGUGACCCUGCACCAUAUGUCUAUCUGCACUGCUCUUUCUCUGCAGCCACAAUGCUUUGUUACAGUGAUUAUUGCUUUGUCCUAUAUCAGCUCAAUGUACUUUUGAAAUGUAUCCAUCUGUGUGGAUGGUACGUCAGGCAAGAUUCUCACUGCAGCUCAGUACAUGAUGAUAAUAAACAAAUUCCCCAUUUUAAUUGUGUGGAAAUAUUAGACAGACUGAGCUUCUGCUCUGGAACCACAGAAGGAAACUGACCUGUUGUCAUUUCUGUGGAAUGCAAAUAUAUGGAAAAGGCUUCAAUCUCACAUUACGAUCUGCGGUAACUGGGAUCAGGUGACCGGUGGUGGGUCUCCCAUAUCAAUAUCAGAAUCAGGUUUAAUAGCACCGGCAUGUGUCAUGAAAUUUGUUGUUGCUGCGGUAGU